AAAUCAAAUGUCAAUAUAACGACGAGUCGACGAGUGUCGAGUUUGUGUAUCGACAAAAACAAAUUUUACUUGAAAAUAAAAAACAAGCAUUAAAAAAUGACAUUGCCCGAAGGAUAAUAAUGAUUCGAUUAUUAUGUUGAAUAUUUAUCUUUAUUUUAAACUAAUAAUAAUACUUGUAGUGACCUUCUAAUAAUUCCAUUGUAUUGUGUUGUUUGUUAAACAUUUUAUGGUCUGUGUAAAUAUGGAAAGCCUAAGUCAGAAUGAAAAAAUAAUCUGGAACUGUUGGGAGGAGAAAUCACCACGGGACGUAGUUCGGGAGGCUGCGGCGAAGGGGACUCAUGUCAAGCUUGCAAUCAAAUAUCUCAUGAUUAAAAACUCUUGGAGCGAAUCAACAGCACAAGAUUGGUUUAUGGCAGAGGUUAAAGCAUGGACUGUACAGUUACUAAUGCGAAAGCAAAUAUUUAAAGUUCUCCAUAUUCUAAAUAAAUGCAAUAUCAAUCCAGAAGAACAUUUAAUAACUCUGGCAGAAAUUUCACCUGUAAUUGAAUAUAGAGAUUUCAUUGUGGCACACUUGCAGAAACUAGUAAAGGAUAUGAAAGGUGAAAAUUUAAACAGAUGGGAAAAUUUCAAAAGACAUUGGAACUUAAUUCGCUAUCUUGAGAAGUCAUUUGAAGUUGAUGGUACCUUCAAACAGAACAAAGUUUUUGGUACUGGCAGUAACAGAGUGUUUGUGAAUGAGAGUGAAAUUAAGGCUUUGACUGUUGAGAAUAUAGAAAAAUAUCCCCCUGACUGGAAGUGUAAGAUUGCAACAACAUUGUUCUUUGACACAUUUGAAUUUUCAUUAUUAGAUUUUUCGACUCCUCUCACUGUGUGGAACUAUUUAGUUGAUCAUAAUAAAUCCAUGAUACUUGUUCGUUGGAUUAAUGUUCAAAUGUCAGAAGUAGUACGGGACAUGAAUGCUCGCUACAUUUUUUUUAAUAAUGAUAAUUUUGUGCAGAAGCUACUGAAUGUUGACACCAAAGGUUUCACUAUAGAAGUCCUUGAUACUUUAGAUGAAAUAUUCCGUAAGUGGCCUAUUUCAUCAGAAAUGAUUGAAAUCAUUACUAAUAGUGACUGUUUUGAGUACACAAAAAUGUGUAUUUAUGAUACUUUAGCUUCAUAUGGGAUAAUUGUUGAAAAGGAAAAGAAGGAUUUGUACCAAAUUAUUGCUAGAUUAACAAGAACUCAAAAUUUGAAGCUGAUUGAUGAUAUUUUCUCUGAAUCUUGUGCUACAAUGAGUAUGCAAGAGUUCUAUUUAGAGUUGGCAAAAUAUUUUGUUAAAAAUAAACUGUACAAAGUUUUGACCAUUUGUAUUGAGGGUCACAUAUUAGAUACUGAUUUAUCAGAAGUAGAGCAAGAAGCUAAGGACUGCAUACAGCUGUGGCUAUUGUUUAAAAGUAUCGAACAAACAUCUGAUAGACAGAGCCAUGUAGUGCCUGUGUACAAAACUUGUCAACAAAUAGCAAAGGAUGAUAUUGAUAAUUAUAUUUCUUCUAAUCCUCAUUUAGUAUUAGGUAUGAUUUUACUGGAAGACAACUUGAAUUUGUUUGACAUAUUUUCAAAAGAAGAAUUCUUGCAGUUUAAAGAUUUUAAGUUACCAAAUAAAGGUUACAAACAUAAACAUCCUCAUUUGUACAAUGUUUACAAAAAGCACAGUAGUGAAAAUGAGAUGUAUGAAUGUAAAGAUGUAAAUGUCUAUCAGCUACUUUCUGGGUAUCGAGGACUAGACGUUUCAAAGAUAUUUGAAUUUCAAAUAUUAAACAUUAACAGCAAUAACCAGCUGCCUGAUAAAACUGAUCGACGAAGCUUAGGAAGUCUUUUAUCAAAUGAUGUAGACAUGCGUGGUUUAAAAGCAUUCACUCAAAGAUCAGUAGAUAUGCCAGACUUUGCCAAUGAAAAACUUAUGAAAAGAUAUGGAUAUGAUGCCAAAUUAAAUCAUACUUAUUAUUUGAAGCAAUAUCGUCCUUGCAAUGCCAGCCAAGCAUUUGUAUCUCAGCAGUAUCAAAUAUACAAUCGUUUACAAGAAAAGAGUAUUAAAAGCGCAUGUUGCGAAGCACACGCUUUAGCUCUUCAGAAUUGGUUCGAUACCGCAAUGACAGCUUGCGCCAUCUCUUUCGUCGCAAUGAUCGGGUGUAAUCCCACUAGAUGCAGAGUUCAUAUAUCAGCUACUAAAAUGAUAAAAAAUCACCUGAUUCAUCGUAAAGGGUAUCCAGAAAACGAAGCUAAUAAAAUAAUAAAUGACUUUAUGAUUAAAUUGAUUCAAAACAACGACGAAACUUCAAAAACUAUUCUGAAGUAUUUAGAAGAAAUAACGUCAUAUAAAUUGAGAGAAACUCGAGAAAAAAAUGGAAAAGAUGAUAUGUCUGUCGUGUUGUAUGAAUCUCAGACCAUGGUGAAAUUUGCGAUGUUGCACAAUUUACAACUACCGGAGAUGCAGUUAAGGGAGUAUAUAAAAAGUGGUAGUUGGUUUAACUUUCUACUUUUCGGCGAUGUAUUUAGAUAUCCUCUGUCCCAAAUGUUACAAUUGUCGCAAGAAUUCGAGAAAACAUCCCACGCGGAGCAUUUAAAACACAUAAUGCUCCAUAAAAGUAUUGAAGAUGACAAAGAACAAAAAUCUAACUCCAGCAAUGGUCAACGAAGACUAACAAGACUCAAUUCAGUGGAAACUAGUCCUACUCAAAGUGUAGUGUUUGAUUUUCCGACUAGUACUUACAUGGGCCGCGAACUGUGGGAAGUGGCGGCGGCUUGCCAUGGACCGGAAGAUCCUCCUGCUGCAUUGCUACGUGCUGCUGACUUAUACCGAGAACCGUUGCUUGUACUUUUAGCUAGUUGUUAUGAGCCAAAUGCAGUGGAUGUGCUCUGGGCUCACUGGAUAUUAUCUUCUUUGGAACCAAACAAUCGCAGUCGGGAGGCUCUACAAACAGUGAUUGCUCAAAAUGUACCGUCGCAGUUAUUCCAGAAAGUGGCUGAAAUAUGUCUCACUGAAGGAUAUAUUACUACAUUGCAUGAAUCCAUGUUGAUAUUUAUGCCGGAAAGUCCUCUAUCAUUAUUGACAUCAUUCCUUUAUCGAUGUAUAAGGCUGCUCACUUUUGAUUCUGUGACAAACAAGUAUUUGACUAGCUUUCUGCAGCAUUGUCAACGUCGAUAUAGCGUCGACGCAAGCGGCCUAACAUGUAACCUCUCGAAGGAGUCCCUACAAAGAAUAGCCGUGGCAUUAGUCAAAAUAACCCUAACACACAUUUUUGACAUGCCUUUUCAUCAAAAGGAAUUCUUGAGAUGCCUCUCUGAAACCCGCUUUGGUAAAGAUUUUAUUGUGCAAUCGCCAGAUUUUAUGAUGUUGUAUGAAAUUUUCGAAAUAAGUAUGGAAAUUUCGUCUGUGAUGAACAUAUCAAAGAUGUUGGCAGAUGAUGCGCAGUCGUAUUUCCUAGAACGUAUUGAAAUAUAUACGCGUGAUAAUAAUUACGAUGUAGCAUUGAAAGUAGCUAAGUUAGCAAGACUACCGGUUGAUGACAUUUUGGUGGCAGAAUGGGAUAAAAAGUGCACAAGAUUGACACUAAACACUGAAGAUGAAUUGGUUAUUCAUGAUAAAGAUUUAACGUUCACCGUUGCUCAAUGCAGUGAGGCUUUUAAGGAAGCUGGUGUCACUUUCAACAGGGCGAUAGAGUUUCUCGCAGGCGUCCCUCUUCAUAUUGAAGACCGAGAACAAAAGUUCUAUGCAUACAGAGUAAUUUUGAGUUGGUUUGAAGAAAACCGAGUGUAUGGUGAGAAAAGGGAAGAAAUUGAACACGAAAUGUGGGACGCGUAUUUACAUAGCAAAGCUAAAAUUGUGUUCAAAGACUAUAAUGUUACCAUAAAUUUUGUUCUAAAAGAUCAAACAGAUCUUUCGUACCCCCAAAAAGUUAAUUUGAUGCAUGAAGAUAAGCCAUUUUCGUUAAGUUUACACGAGAUCGAGGUGGAAUCGGAUGUUGUGAAUAUAGAAAACGUGCAGUUGUUGGAAGAUCCAGAACUAAUAGAUCGUUGGAAAAGUGCUGUCAAUGAUUUGUUGGAAUCAAAACUUCUUGUAGAAGGAUUCCGGUUGGCUGCUUUGUAUAAAACGCCUGAAGAGUAUCGAUACGGGUCCCCUGUUUGUCCUGUGCAAAUUAUCAGAACCUGCCUACGUUUAGCGGAAGGGACAUGUUCACCUUACGAAUUGCCACAGGAGUUGCGGUUGGUGAUUUCCUCGCCUACACUUCAAAACAAAUUGACGGUUUCAGAGGCAUCCGAGACAAGUUUUGAAGAAUUAGUUGUGAUUCAGGAGCGGCAAGAUGGGGAGAGUGUGCCUCAUUUGGCUGCGCGGGAGGAAGCCGACCGCCUCUCCGCGUUGGAGGCUCUUGCGGUUCGCAGUGGCAUCUCUGUUGCUAAACAGAUAACCAACUAUUUCCGAAUUGCGCUGCAAAUAGGCUGGGAUUAUGCAUCAGUGCUAAAGUAUCAAAGCAGACCUUUGGACUUCAUCAAUUUGGUCAGCGGCAGAGCUCGAAUGUCGUUGGCAAAUCUUGUUUUUCGUACAUUCAACAUACCGUCAAAACAAAUUGCAGAAUAUUUGUGCCGCGAGAUGGUCGCUGCGAUAAUAUCACCACAUCUAGUUAAAACUUCGACGUUCAGGCAAAAGGAACAUUUCCAGUACACGCUGUGGGGUUACGUUCUUGAUUCGGACAUCGAAAUGUUUUUGAACAUGCGUCCAGACGCUUGCAGCCAAAUCGGUCGGUUAAUUCUCGAUCAUUUGAUGGCGUUCCAGAAGAUUUAUAAGGCGACAAGUGCCUUGAAGAUUCCUGAAAACAGUUUGGAUGAUAGUUACCUUGAUGUGGAGACUCUGAUCGAUGAAGAGUACCAAAACGUUGAGGGGGAUGAAGUGGAAUCAAUAAUGACUGAGGAAGGGACUAUAAUGUCCGCCGAAACAGAGUCAGUUUACUCAGUUUCCACUGUGUAUAACGCUGGUAAUAAGAUGUCACGUGACUCCAGGAGGAACUUGUUUGAUGUCAUCUCUCGAAACAACAUUCAUAUAAGAUACGAAGUCAAAUCGAACAUCAGGAAGAUUACCAAAGGCGCCAAAUUGUCGACGAAACAGGUAAACAUAAUAUCGAUCGAGCUGCUGGUGCUGGCGCACGAGUGCUUCUCAUGUGCGUGUGAUACGGAGGGCGUGGCCGUGGUGCUGCGGUCGGCGCAGGCGCUGUGUGCCCGCCUACUGGCCGCGCGCUCUUGGCGACUCAUGGUGCGCCUGCUCACCGGCCUGGCGCGGUACACCGAGUGCGCCUACAUCUUACAGGCCCUCCGCGACAACCACCAGUUCGAGUUCCUCCUCGGCCAAUUCGACUACAUGCUUGGCCAGCAUCAAGACAAGAUCGCCGAAUUCAAACACGGCCUGCUGGACUUCCUGAAGACUCACUGCCCCGGCGAUACAGACACUUACAUAAUGGUCGCAUUACAUUUCAACAUGUACGCCGAGGCUGCGAACGUGAAGAAGAAACAAGCAAUGGAUCUGAUUGAUGACUUGGAGAAGAUGGCGAGCGAUACUUCUAAAACUUCUAGAAGAUCCUCUCAGCCGGUGUGGCUUCUUAUACAUGAUAAUGUGCCGACGAGGUCGCUUCUGGAUACGGCGUUGAUCCACUGCACUGAUGCCUGUGAGCUGUACCUGCAAGGAGGGUGUACGGGGUUUGCGGGGGAGAUGGCGAGUCUGGCGCAGAAGAUUGCGUUACAGAUAUCCCUUCUCAACGCCUCGCCUACGCGACUUAUUCUCAACAGAAGCACGGAACAGACGUACAGCCUUGUGUCAGAAUAUUUGAGCUUUAUGGAGGGGUUGGUGCUUCUAUCAAGCAGCGGGAGCGCUGCGUGGCGUGAGUUGGCGUACCGCCGUUCGCUGUCCAACGACCAGGCGUACCUGCGCGACAUGGCUGCGUACCGGCCCGAUAUAGCGCACGACUUUCUCAACAGGUAUAAAUCCGAUAAGAAGAGAACCCCUACAUCUCAAUUGGCUAUGUCAGAACUGCGUGCUUUGAUUAGAUGAUAUAGGGCCAAAAACUGUAAACUUAUAAGAUCUCACUCUUAAAUUCAUAAUCAUAGAGUUUAUAUUCCAAAGUUAGUGAUUUAAUGUCUUUAUACUCGUAUAACUUAUAGGCUUUAACAUAAAAUGACAUAUAUCAUAUUUAUAGAUAGAUAAUAUAUUCUUAAUGUAAGUGUAUAGCUGUGAUAUUCUAAAUUGACUGAGAAAAUGAUAUUUUUAUAGCUUUGUAGUAGAAUAAAACCUUUAUUAUAUUA